UAAGAGUACUUAAACUGAUUUUCUAACUAUGAACUCCGGAAAUAGUGUAAUUUAAGGUGUGUGAAAUUAAGUGACCUCGACUGAACGUAUUGUGUUUGGAAUUCGUAAUAAUGAUUACGAAUUCCAAACACAAUACUCUUAAGCGUACCAUCAAGUACAAAGGAAUCAUCGGUUAGUACAAAUACCACAUGUUCUCAUUAAAUUUCGUAAGCUAGCCACCGUUACCUAAUUUCUGGGCUAAUUAUUGGUUGCUGGAAGUGUAAACGUUUGUAACUGUAUAAUGGUUGUUUAGGAUUAUAUCAAAUGUGGAAGUUACAUCUACGCACUUCUGGCAACCCAUACUUUAUCCAGAAGGUUUGCAGAAGUCCUCAUUCUCUUUUGAAUAUCACAUAGCGUCAAAAAAACCCAACUCGUCCGGUGAAUCGUUAUGUAGAACUAGUUUUUGUUCCAGCCAUCUCAUUUCUCACCUAUCGGAUAUUUUCUUUAAAUUAAACUCAAUAUUUACUUGAUAAGGUUUGUUUGACCAUCCAUCAUGCAAUCCGGUAUCUUCCUUAGAUUCCUUCACGUAUAAAGAUGAAGUAAUUCAAUGAAUAAUGGACGUUCCAGUUCGUCUGCUUGAUAUCUUCCCUCCAGACUUUAUUGCAUACAACAUUUUUAUGUUAAAAAAUCAGCGAAUUUUCAUGAAAAUGUAUUUUAAGGUGAUGACAAGUUACACGGGUCUUCUUAUGGGUGUUUUUGCACGCGUAAACUCAGUCGCAUUCUCUGAAGACAUACCACUAAAUGAAACAGCUUGGGCUGCUAGUGGCUAUGCUCCCUUACAUGUGGAGGAAGCUUAUGUAAUGGUGUCAAAUAACUGUUUUAUAGCUGCUGGGAUCUACGUCGUCCUGCUAAUUUUUUCAGGUGUUCAAUACUAUUUCAAUAAACGAGCUAACUACUUAGCGCAUUAA